AUGCCUGCGAGCAAGGCGUUCUGGGCGCGGCCCGCCCGCGCCGCGGGCCUGCAGGGCGCCGCGGACCUGCGAGGCGAGCCGGGCGAAGGCCUGGCCGAGCCGCCAGUGGUCUGCUUCUGCGGCACGCCGCUCGCGGUUGACGACGCCAUGUGCCGCAUGUGCCAUACGGUCCGCUCGGAGCUCGUGAGCUCAAUCAGGAGGCAGGAGGCGGGUGCUGGGCGCCCGAGGAGGAGCCCCCGCGGCGGCGGAGGAGCCCGCCUGGGCGCGGGGCUGCCCGGCACGGAGCUGCCCACGCUGCUGGGCAGGCGGGCGCCCGGCGGCAGGCCCGCGGCCUCGCCGAAGCUCGCCGCGGAGGGCACCCCGGGCGGGAGCUGCGGCAGCUCCGAGGACGCAGACAAGCCCAACGUGGCCCACUUCGAGGAGCUUCAGCCUGCGGCGUCUCCGUCUUUCGCCGCGGGUGCCUCUCCCAGACGCAGGCCUCCUUCGCUGGCGAGGCUGGACAGCGGGAGCUCCAUCUCGGCGCCGCGCGUCGGCAGCGAGGCCUCGGCGGUCCUGGGUGGGGCGUCGCCGGGGGCGGCGCCGCUGCAGCCCGGCGCGGCGCGG